AUGGCUUCGGGUUGCAACAUGAAGAGCAACGCUACACCACGUUACUUGCAAAUCUUCAACCCUCCUCUUGAGCCAUGUGGUGACUUUCACCUGUUUGCACGCUUUCCUGAUGAUAUUCGCUGGCUUGUUUGGCAACAUUUCCUCAGUCAUGAGCGAUGGAUUGAUAUCACCCUGAAACCGGGCAGUUUCACGAACGAAAGAAGAGAGCAAACAAAUCAUCAAAACUAUGAGAUCAUAUUGGGCCACCGCUGGAAGAUAAGCAAGCUGUUCCGAACCACGUCCGAGUCACGCAAGGCCGCUUUGGCUUUCUACCGUGUUCAACUACCAUGUUGGUACAAGAGGAAAGAUAAGAGCAUGGUGAACGGCACACUCUAUGUUUGUCCUGAAUUGGACACCUUGAUGCUCAACUGCUUGGAAGUCUUUGAGAACUUUGCACAUGACCUCUGGGCUUGCGAUCCGCGAUGUGUCGGUCUGGUCAAUCUCGCCUUGCGCGUCAAAGGCCCGUCGCAUGACUUCAAGACGCCGAGCACCACUGGGCGUGACACGUCUCGGCUGAAGGAAACUUUGUUGAGAAUUGAGCACCUCACAGUAAUGAACACGCAUUGCGUACGCGGGUGGGGUGGCGAGUUUGCAAAGCGCUCAACUGUUCCAGUUUUCCAGAUGAAUCGUACCGUGCCCAUCAGGGGCCAUUCGUUCGGCUUUCAUCGAUUAUCAUGCGAUCCUCGAUUGGACGAUGGAAACUUUAAGCAACUAUAUCUUGGAAACAUGGACCCUGUAAGACGCUUCCAUCGCUGGUUCAGACUCCUUCUAUCAGUAAGGGUGAAGCACAACCACGAGGUUGAAUAUCGCUUUGGGAGCUGCCGCCGUUCAUAUCCACCCCUCAUAACUGACCGAGCAAGCGCCAUGGAGUCUGUGAAUCAGACCCACGAGAGGUUUAUAACAUGGAUGGAACCACAUACAGAAGAGCCAAGGGAGGCCAUCGCCAAGGAAACUGCAGAACACCUUAAGCAAACACCACAGCCAGCCAUAGGGUUCUGGCUGUUUCCUCUCAAGAUCUUUAAGCGUCUACCUCUCGCCGACCCGUCUCGUGAGUAUCCGAUAUCCGACGAUGAUGGAGGUGGUACUAUCAAGGUGUCGUCGCCAUGGGAGCUUGAGGCCGAGCUGUGCUUGGCAAACAUUUACUAA